AUGAAGCAUUGUGAGCUGUCACCCCGCGCUCCGCCUGGUGCCUGUGCCCGCACUGCGCUGGCCCCGCUCCCCCGCAGCCGCAGCUCUGGCACACGGGGCACAGUGCCAGCACCGAGCCCCCGCGCUGGCACAGAUGGCCCAGCCCUGCCCCGGGCCGGAGGAGGUGGGUGGGGGCUCCACGAGGGCACACACGGCUCUGUGGGGCUCUGCUGCGCCAGCAAUCCCUGCCUGCGCUCCGAGUGCCCGGUGCCCCCCAGUGCCACCUUGUCCCUCAGCUCUCCCGUCCCAGCACAGAGCCCCGUGAGCGUGGCCCUGGUGCUGAGAGCCUCGGAGUCCCGCCGGGGUGGGCGAGCAGCGCCGGGAAGGGCACGGGGCGGGUCCGGGGAGCAGGAGUCCCCGGCGGGGCGCAGGGAUGCGGCGUGGACCAGCACCGAGGUGCGCUCUGCCUCAACUUCCUUCCCAGCGCGGAGCCGAUUUCCUCCGGCAUCACGUGCACGGUGUGGGGCCGGGACAGGCUGGCACGGCACGGCUCAGCCCGGAGACAGCCCGUACCGCAGCUGCAACCACAGCGAAGGACAAGGAGGGCAAGGACAGGGAGCCCUCCUGGAGCUCCCAGCACCAGCGAGGAUGGAGCCGACCAAGAUCCCACUCACCAAGAGGGCGGCUCCUGCUCCCCCCGUUCCUGCCAAGACCAAACCAGCCCCUGUGCUGGCCACCAAGCCCAGUGAGCCCCAGCCCAGCGCCUCAGCUGACACGGAGCAGGGCAGAGCCAGUGACCCAGAUGCCAAUGGCUUCAACAUGGUGGCAGUUACCACAGCCAGGCUGAGCCACCCCACAGCCACACGGCCACGAAUACCCGGCCAGCGGCCACCCAGCAUUGUCCUGGGGAGCACGGGGGGUCCCCUGGGAGGGGAGCAGCCCCAGGGGCUGCCCCGUGCUGCUCUCUGUGCCCCAGUCCCCAGCACGGGGCAGGUGCCUGUUCCACCCUGGAGCUCAGAAGGGCUGGAGGUGUUGGAGGGGAGGUCGCUGGCCCUGGAGGACCUGAAGGCUGAGGUCCGGACCCUGCACAUCCUUGUGGACCUGAUGCGGGUCCAGCACCUGCGGGACCUGCAGGACCUGCGGCAGGAGCUGUGCCAGGAGCGGACUCAGCGCCAGGCACUGCAGGCAGAGAUUGAGCGAGUGAGGAAGGUGCUGCCCUGUUAGCACGGGGGGGCUGCAGUGCCCACCCACAGCAAGGGGCAGGUGGGUG